CCUUGCUGGUGUGAAGCCUGUUUUCUAUGCUAUAUUAAAGACGGAAAACAAGAUAGUAUAUCCUGCACAAAUUUCCCAAGAACAAAGCAUAAGCAAUUUAUAAAUUCUGAAUAAACUAAUACUGCAAACUGAUAGCUCUUGAAUUGGCCGGCUAAAUAAUGCAUUUUAUAAUAUCUGUAUAUGUGUAUCACCUAGAUAAACAGGAAGCUACAGUGUCCUCUCUCUUUCAUUGCCCUCCUCCACACACAACAUAGUAAACAAAACUAGAUAGAUGCAAACAAAAUUGAAGACCUAUCAGUUUGUUCUCUCUCUCUCUCUCUUUUAUUUUUAUUUAUUUGUGCCUUGCGAUGAAGUUUUCCCUUGAGCCUGCCACCCAGAGAGGUAGCAGAAGGAAACAAAACAUUACUGAAAGAAUGCCACCAGAAAAUACAUGAGAACAGCAUAAACGAAAACAGGACAUUCAUGUAUGGAUAAAUUACUGAGCUGGAGAGAAUUGAUAAGCCAAAAGAGACAGAUUAUUAAACUCCUUAACUCUAGGAAUUCCAUGCCAAUGUAAGAAAGAAUGUGCUUGAUUGCUCUAUGUUCACCUUGCUCUAUGACUGCUGGAAGCAAGGCAAUAUUCUAUGCUCAUUCUUUUUUUUUUUUUUUUUCAUCGAGUACUUUUCACAGUAGAAAUAAAAUACUAAGACUUUGUAAUCUUCACGACAACAACAAGGAAGCUUCAUCAGAUUAUAAAUAUCCCUUUCAAGAUUCAGUUAUUGCAUAAAUGUUUUAUACACUUGAAGAAGAGAUCAUGUCUCCUGUUCCCUAUAUGCAAUCUGAAUUCUGCAGUGAUAAUAAAAGUUAUGAGACUACUUUUCUAGAUCUCAGUCCCUUCUGCUCCGUGCCAAAUUUUUCUGCAGUGGAGAAUGAUAGUCCUGCCUGGUUUGAUUUAGAUGAAACUAGAAGCCACAAGAGGAUAAAGCAGGAACCCUGUAGCAGGACUCGUGCAAAUAGCUUGAAUAGCGUGCCGAAACUUCACUUCCGGGAUUAUAUAUGGGCUUACACAGAAAGGUAUCUAGCAAUUGAGGCUAUGGAAGAAGCAGCAGCAGCCAUGACGGUUGGAGAGAGAAAUGAAGUCAAGGAUGAAGAAGGCAGUGAUGGGAUGAAACUAGUACAACAACUCAUUGCUUGUGCUGAAGCUGUGGCUUGUCGCGACAAGAAACAUGCUUCUGCAUUAUUAGCAGAGCUGAGAGCUAAUGCCCUUGUAUUUGGAACAUCAUUUCAAAGGGUUGCUUCCUGCUUUGUCCAAGGGUUGUCUGACCGGCUUGCGCUGCUUCAACCACUUGGGACGGUGGGAGUUUUAGCCCCCCAAGCAAACUCGGUCAAUACUUUUAAGGCCGAAAAGGAUGAGGCCUUACGCCUUGUCUACGACAUUUGUCCACAGAUCCAAUUUGGUCAUUUUGUAGCAAAUGCAUCCAUAUUAGAAGCCUUUGAGGGAGAGAGUUCUGUUCAUAUUGUGGACUUGGGGAUGACAUUUGGCCUUCCCCAUGGUCUACAAUGGCUCAAUCUAAUACACAGCCUUGCAAAACACCCUGGCCAACAACCUCACCGCCUCCGAAUAACAGGUGUGGGAAACUCUGCUGAGCUCCUCCAAGCAAUAGGGGAUGAGCUAGAUUGCUAUGCACGAAGCUUGGGAUUGAACUUUGAGUUUUUGUGGGUCGAAAGCACCCUAGAAAACCUGAAGCCAGAACACUUCAAACUCCUUGCUGGUGAAGUUGUAAUCAUCAAUAGCAUUCUGCAGUUGCAUUGUGUAGUGAAAGAGAGCCGAGGAGCACUAAACUCAUUUCUGCAGAUACUACACGAGUUAUCGCCAAAGCUUCUCAUUCUGGUAGAGCAGGAUUCAAACCACAACGGACCUUUCUUUCUAGGGAGGUUCAUGGAGGCAUUACAUUACUAUUCAGCUAUUUUUGACUCACUAGACGCAAUGCUGCCAAAGUACGACACAAGGCGAGCCAAGAUAGAGCAGUUCUUUUUUGCCGAGGAAAUUAAGAACAUCAUCAGCUGUGAAGGACCAGCAAGAGUCGAGAGGCACGAAAGGUUAGACCAAUGGCGCAGGAGGAUGAGCAGGGCUGGAUUUCAGCCGUCACCAAUAAAGACGAUAAUGCAGGCCAAGCAGUGGCUAGAAAAGGCCAACUUUUGUGAGGGUUAUGCAGUCACAGAAGAGAAAAGCUGCUUGGUUCUUGGAUGGAAAUCAAAGCCUAUAAUAGCAGCUUCCUGCUGGAAAUGCCCAUAAUCAUAUCUAUAACAGCAAUAACACUCAGCAGCAGUUGCAGAGAGGGCUGAAGAUCGAAAAAUAAGACAAGGGUGUGAACAUUUGAUGUUGGAAAUUGAUCAACAGCUCAAUAAUUGAGAAAUCUUUGUUGUUUCUCUUUGUUUCCCUCUGAAGUGUCACAAAGAAUUCUGAAAAUUGUUUUAUUCUUUUUGUUAAUAUCAUCAAAAACAGACUUAACA